UGGUGACGUUAUAACUCUGCGCCGUCUGCUCUGCGGCCCUGGAGGUAGCUAAGCAACGGCUCGAGGGGAAGAAGAAAAUGACAGAUCACUCUCUCUCUUCAGAGGAAGCACCAGGGCCUGCCCAUCAGAUUGUCAUGUGAUAUCUUCUUGCAGCUUCUUGUUCCAGGCUGAAGUUAACGUUAAACAGAUGGGGCUGUGGCUGUAUAUUCUCAUGAUAUUUUUGGGAGGCUUACAAUUUCAGCAGGGCACCGCAGCAGUUCGUACCUUCAGUAUUGAUUAUAAAAAUAACUGCUUCCUCAAGGAUGGAAAUAAGUUUCGUUAUAUCUCAGGCAGCAUCCAUUACUUCCGUAUCCCACCAGCUUAUUGGAAAGACCGACUCCUCAAGAUGUAUAUGAGUGGUCUCAAUGCUGUACAAAUUUAUGUCCCAUGGAAUUAUCAUGAACCAUUGCCUGGAAUUUACAAGUUUUCUGGGGACAGAAACUUGGAAGGAUUCUUGGACUUAGUGGCCCAAUUAGGGCUGUUGGUGAUUUUGCGCCCUGGACCCUACAUCUGUGCUGAAUGGGAUAUGGGUGGCCUUCCAUCUUGGCUGUUGGCAGAACCAAAUAUUAUUCUACGAACAUCUGAUCCAGGUUUUCUGCAAGCUGUCAACAAAUGGCUGAGUGUCCUGCUACCCAAGAUAAAACCUCGUCUUUACCAAAAUGGAGGUAACAUCAUCAGUAUCCAGGUGGAGAAUGAAUAUGGAAGCUAUUACGCAUGUGACUAUGACUAUAUGCGUCAUCUUCUGGCUGUUUUCCGCUUGUAUUUGGGCAAAGAAGUUGUGCUUUUCACAACUGAUGGCAUCAAAGAAUCUGAUCUGCAAUGUGGGACCCUGCAAGAUUUAUAUUCCACUGUGGACUUUGGAUCAGAGAUAAAUGUGACACAAGCAUUUGAACAGCAGCGUCUGGUUGAGCCAAGAGGACCACUGGUGAAUUCUGAGUAUUAUACAGGCUGGCUGGAUUAUUGGGGUGAGCCACACUCCACGAAAAGUACUACAGUUGUGACUAAUGGCCUACAGAAGAUCCUAGAAUUAGGAGCCAACGUCAACAUGUAUAUGUUCCAGGGCGGCACCAACUUUGGUUAUUGGAGUGGUGCUGAUUAUAAGAACAAGUAUUAUCCUAUCACUACUAGCUAUGACUAUGAUGCACCUCUCUCAGAAGCUGGAGAUCCUACAGAAAAGCUAUAUGAGAUUCGAACCAUCAUUGGCAAGUUUCAACGUGUGCCUGCAGGACCAAUGCCACCUCCCACUCCCAAAUUUUCAUAUGGCUAUGUAUCUUUACCACUGUGUGUGGCCUUCUUGGAUAUUCUAAGUCUUCUCUCCCCUGGCCUACCAUUUCACUCUCCCUUCCCCCUCACUUUUGAGGCUCUGAUGCAGACCCAUGGCUUUAUGUUGUACCGUACUGUUUUUCCAGAUGACAUCCCACAGCCUGUUUUGCUCUCCAUCCUUGAAAAUGGGAUCCAUGACCUUGCCUAUGUUUUACUUAAUGGAGAAUUUAAAGGGACAUUGAUACGAGACAGAGUGAAUGCCAUCAAUAUAACUGGUCGACUAGGAGAUUCAUUGGAUUUGCUGGUGGAGAGCAUGGGUCAUAUCAACUUUGGAGCAAAUAACAGUGACUUUAAGGGCCUGACCCACAAUCUUACUUUGGGUUCUACCAUUCUAAGUGACUGGCUCAUCUAUCCACUUGAUAUUGACUCAGCUGUGGCCCAAAAAUGGCCUCCAUAUGUCCCACGAAGCAAAAGCACCAGAGGACCUGCUUUCUAUACUGGGGUCUUCAAAACACCUGGUAUCAACUAUGACACCUAUGUGAAGUUUCCAGGCUGGAACAAGGAGUCCCCAAUCCCCUGGCCACAGCUCACUACUGGGCCUUGAGCCAUUCAGAACCGGGCUGAGGAAGUGGCGAGUUAACGUGCACGUACAUCCCCACUUGCGCAAGUAGCGGGUGAGUGCAUUCACACUUGUGAGUGUGGAACCAACACCCCCACUCGCCAGUCUACGAAGUUGGAAAUGUUGAGAAAUCUGGUGUAGAAUAUUAAUAUGCUCGCUAGUUGCUCCUAUAAGCUCUUAUAAAACGCAUUCAGCAUUUCAAAUUACAUAAUCAUCUCUCUCUGUAUAUAAAUGCUGUGUGUGUGUGCAUGUCCGUCCGUCCGUCCGUCCUCCAGCAUAACUCUGGAAU